AUGAAUACCCCUCCAAGCUUCUUCAAUGACGCGGUUGACCUUGCGACACCGACUAACGACACUUUCGACAGCGAUCAGCCACGCACCUUGCCAACAGAAACUGUUCAACUUGAGCCGCCACUGGACAUGAACCCAUCGCCAACAAUGUCGCAGAAUCCUUCGAUCUACAUGCCCAUGGCGACUGCAUGGGACCCGAUUGUACCGAACAUGGCGUCCGUCUACAGCAACCAAUACCAGGCGCAAUACACCACCAAGCAGGAGCCUCUUGACGAUCGGCCGGCGCUGAUGCAUGUGCCAUCCACCUCGACAUCCAAAUCGAGCUCGCGAACCGACUCAAACAUGUCGAUGCAAACACAUGCGUCCAACUCUAGCAGGACGACGGACCCAUCCGACGCCAGUCCACCGAGAAAGAAAGGGAAGAAGGGCAAGGCGCCUAUGCAGGACGAAGAUGACGCGAAGCGCAAUAAGUUUUUGGAACGAAACCGAGUAGCAGCAAGCAAGUGCCGACAAAAGAAGAAAGUGUGGAUGUCCGACUUGCAAGAGACGAAACAGGGGUUGGAGACCCAGCACGCCCAGCUGCAAAUGGAAUACAAUGGACUGGUGGACCAGGUUACUCGCAUGAAGAAUGAGCUCAUGUCCCACGCCAAUUGUAAUGACCCAAACAUCAACUUGUGGCUCGAAAACGAAGCUCGGCGGUUCGUCCAGAGCAGCGCAGAGCGCGUUAAGAAACAGAGUAUCGACUCCAGCCGAGGGUCCGGUGACAGGCCACUCGGCGCGGGCUACAGACCCUCCAUUGACAGUCAAAUUUCAUUGAUUUCCCCCACACGGUCCGAUCGAGCCAUGACGAGCAUGUCCUCGGGGCCUGGCAGUGCGGAUUUCAACUACGACCACAUGCCAGACAGCGCUUUUGAGCAGGCGUAG